AUGGAAUCUCCAACUCCCACCGGGGAAGCAAUUUCGGCUUUUCCUCUGCCAAAUGUGCCCGAUGUGCCAAGUGCGCCAGCCGUGCCAGAUGUGCCAGCCGUGCCAAAUGUGUCUCCUCUCACCGAAAGCGAGCUCCGAAGCAUGCUGGCUGUUUCUUUCCGCAACGGAGCGGCCUGGAUCGGUAUACCACACGGCCGCGUUCAACACUUCUUGAAAGAUGAUCUCAAUAUCGAGCGAUUGGCUGAAGUGUCGCCCUACUUCUCCAUCCUUGGCAAGGCCAAGCCUCCGCAAGCUCUCCACCAUCAGGAGGCUCUUGGCCUCGAGAUCUUGGUGACCGAGAGGAUGGACACACACCUUCUCUGGGCCAAAGGCAAGAUCUUCAUCAAGCCACUCCCGAAGUAUCUUAUUGACCCUCAGUUCUGGUCGGAACAUCUCGAGUGCCCUGAGGGAUGCUCCUAUAGUCCCGAGUUUAAGAUGGUUCGAGCGGCAGGGCUUGUCCGACGCCAGACAAAACUCUCGACACGCACGCCUUGCGAGCACAGCAAGCUCUGGAAGUGCGCCAUGGGCUUCUUGUACUCGUAUAUAGUUCUCAUUACGCACGAGAGCGACUUCCGCAUUGCAAAGGCAAAAAACCUGUUGCCGGAUGACAUGGACUUUGCCGGCUGGAAGGCGUUUGUCGAACGGACACUCAACAACGGCAGACUCUAUGGCCAAAUCGACGAGCGAUUCACGUAUGGCGAGCUGAGCAUGGCGCGCCUCAACACGCUGCUCAUGGUUAAGCAGCCUCGUCGUUACUUUUUCCAAGAGAAUGACAGCUAUGGGUUCCUCCGAGACCACUCUUCGCAGUUGCCGUCCGUGUCCCGUUACAUGGGCGCCGUGGUGGCUUCGAUGCAAGUCAGGCCUACCAUUCCCAAAUUCAAGGGAAACAAAGCACUUAAACUUGCACUGGUCAUGUUGUUUGUUUGUUUCUGGGUCUUGUCCUCGGUCCUGUCCAUCCGCGGCAAAGGUCUCCAGGCAAUCGCCGUUAAGGAGUGA